AUGUCACAAAAUCGACCUGGGGUGUUCUCGAAUCUGCGCAUGGGCGAAAACAUUACCCAGGAGCCUGUGGAACUGACUGCUUCGCUUUCCGACCAUGCAGAAGUCGUCCGCGAGAAGGUCCAGGAUGGACUGACAGGGGAAACCAAAGAAAUCUCGUACUCACAAUGUAAAAUCGUCGGCAAUGGAUCGUUUGGUGUCGUCUUUCAAACGAAAAUGAUGCCAAGCGGCGAGGAUGCUGCCAUCAAGAGGGUCCUUCAAGACAAGCGCUUCAAAAAUCGAGAACUGCAGAUUAUGCGGAUUGUCCGCCAUCCUAACAUCGUAGAAUUGAAAGCCUUCUACUACUCGAACGGCGAGAGGAAGGAUGAAGUGUACCUAAACCUCGUUCUCGAAUACGUACCAGAAACCGUCUAUCGGGCGUCGCGGUACUUCAAUAAACUGAAAACGACUAUGCCAAUGUUGGAAGUCAAGCUGUAUAUCUAUCAAUUGUUCCGUUCCCUGGCAUACAUCCAUUCACAAGGCAUCUGCCACCGUGACAUCAAGCCCCAGAAUCUCUUACUCGAUCCAAAUACCGGCAUCCUCAAGCUCUGCGACUUUGGUUCGGCCAAGAUUCUGGUAGAGAAUGAGCCCAACGUUUCCUAUAUCUGUUCCCGCUACUAUCGUGCGCCCGAAUUGAUCUUCGGCGCCACUAAUUACACAACGAAGAUCGACGUGUGGUCCACAGGUUGUGUGAUGGCUGAACUCAUGCUUGGUCAGCCAUUGUUCCCUGGGGAGUCGGGAAUUGACCAACUGGUGGAAAUCAUCAAGGUCCUUGGUACCCCUACUCGGGAGCAGAUCCGCACCAUGAACCCAAACUAUAUGGAGCAUAAAUUCCCUCAAAUUAAGCCACACCCAUUCAACAAGGUUUUCCGGAGAGCUCCUCACGAGGCCAUUGACCUGAUCUCAGCUUUGCUGGAAUACACGCCGACACAACGUCUAUCCGCUAUCGAGGCGAUGUGCCACCCGUUCUUCGACGAACUAAGAGAUCCCAAUACCCGACUGCCCGACUCUCGGCACCCUGGUGGCGCAGCUAAGGAUCUCCCCAAUCUCUUUGAUUUCUCCAGACAUGAACUUUCUAUUGCACCUGCAUUGAACAGCCGGCUGGUUCCCCCUCAUGCACGCGCCGCUCUCGAGGCCCGGGGGCUAGACAUUGACAACUUCACUCCUCUCACGAAGGAGGAGAUGAUGGCACGUCUCGACUGAGUCGAUAAGUUUCUCGUUACGAAUCAAACGCCCGUUCGAUAGUGCUUCUAUCUGCACAACUGCGCGAGGAUAUGAUGUCAUGCGAUGCAAUUCACUUUGUGCACUGGGAUGUUCUUGGACCAGAAGUGGCUUUUAUGGAACUUGUCGACCAGAGUCGCUGGCUAGACACCCGGGAGUUGGCAUCUCUUCUGAACGUAUGAGGAUACAAGGCAAAUCCCAUAUUCAAAAGAAAAGGUGAAAAAAGAGAAAACAGGAGAAAAAAAAGGAAUGGGAAAUACAGAAACAUCGCAUUCUGGUGACAACAUAAGCAGUUUUCGUGAGGCGGUGGUGCAUCAUGACAGUUUCAUGCAACAGGGUUGAGGGAUUGUCAUAGUCUGGAGUUUUCGAGGUGUCUGAGACAGCUCUUGG